AAGCCUAAUCAUUUUUAUUUUUUUAUGUUUUUAACAAGAAAACAGCUAAAACGGGGGUGGCUUUCCUCUGUAAUGGUGCUCAAUUGCUCAUGCCAUGCAAUGGUAUGGUAAUGAGAGUUCCAAGCGCAUUUCUCUCUCCCUCCCUACAAUUCUUAUUCAAACUCUCUCUCUCUCUCUCUCUCUCUCUCUCUCUCUAUACAUAUCUCUCGGCCACAGUUUCUGUCGUUCUCGCUCUGGAUCAGAGGCUCGCUUAGAGAUGGCGGUCCCAGCUUCACUAGUUAUCCUUCCCAUUGGAAUCCUUUUCCUAUUCUCAGGCUUAAUUGUUAAUAUCUUUCAGGCAUUUUUUUUCGUUCUUGUUCGUCCCCUAUCAAAGAACAUGUAUAGGAGAAUUAAUAAAGUAAUUGCUGAAUUAUUAUGGUUGGAACUCAUUUGGCUCAUUGAUUGGUGGGCAGCUAUUGAGGUUGAGGUGCAUACAGAUGCAGAAACAUUUCGAUUAUUGGGUAAGGAACAUGCACUUGUCAUUAGCAACCACAGAAGUGACAUCGAUUGGCUGGUUGGAUGGGUCUUAGCUCAGCGUUCUGGUUGCCUUGGUAGCUCAUUAGCUAUCAUAAAAAAUGAAGCUAAAUUCUUGCCAAUCAUAGGUUGGUCAAUGUGGUUUUGUGAUUAUGUCUUCUUGGAGAGAAAUUGGGCAAAAGAUGAAAGCAUCUUGAAGUCAGGUUUUCAGAGGCUAGAGGAUUUUCCCAUGCCCUUUUGGUUGGCUCUCUUUGUUGAGGGAACUCGGUUUACCCAGCAAAAGUUAGCAGUGGCUCAACAUUAUGCUACUGCAAGAGGCUUGCCUGUUCCUAAGAAUGUACUAAUUCCGCGUACAAAGGGUUUUGUUUCAGCAGUUAGUCAUAUGCGUUCAUUUGUUCCAGCAAUUUAUGAUUGCACAGUAGCCAUUCCAACCAAUCAGUCUCCUCCUACAUUGUUGAGAAUGUUUGGGGGGAAACCUUCAGUGGUAAAAGUACAAAUUAGGAGACAUUUAAUGCAUGAAAUCCCAGAAACAGAAGAUGGUAUGGCACAAUGGUGUAGAGAUGUAUUUGUUACAAAGGAUGCUUUGCUGGAGAAGUAUUUCACUAAAGGAAAAUUCACUGAUCUUGAGCAUCAAAAGAUUAAUCGACCCAAAAAAUCUCUAAUAGUUGUCACUUGUUGGUCAUGUCUAGUAGUAUACGGCAUUGUGAAGCUCAUUCAAUGGUCUUCUCUACUGUCAUCAUGGCAAGGCAUUACAUAUUUUGGAGCUUUCUUGGUUCUUGUUACCUUCACUAUGCAAAUCCUCAUCCAAUCAUCUGAGUCAGAGCGAUCCACACCCGUUGGGUUACCCUCACAAGAUCCAAUGAGGCAAGCCUUUAUUCAGAACUAUGCAGAGAACCAGAUAUUUGACAACACUUCAUAGUGUGUCAAUGUUAAACUAGAAUUCAAUACUGAUAUCAAGUAUCAAAUUUUUACUUGUGGAGAUUGAUUGUGUCUAAUAAAUAGCAGUAGUCUUUAUGUAUUUAUUGUACAUUUGUGGGUAAAGCAUGUCCAAAUCAUACAAGACAUUCCAUCAAUAAUAAAGGGACACUACAACAAUAAUAGCAUAUAGGCAUGUUCACGAAUGGCACGAUCCAAAGUAGUGCCAACCACAGAGUUUAUUUUGGCUCGACACACUUAA